UCAAUCUCUCUCUCUUCCUCGCUCUCUUAUCGACUCCACUGAGUGAUACUCACACAACUGAGGCAGAAAGAGAGGGGGCUGCUGGAUAUAUUAUUUUGUGAUGAAGCCGUUGUCUACAAAGACUGGGUCGAGUUUCAGCGCAGAGGCAAACAUGCGAUGAUGAGAACGAAGAGUAAAGAAGUACAUUAGAACAAGAAGUCAGAACAAGGAGAACAAGACCUGACCAAGCUGGAGAUAACUCGACUCUUGUUUCGAAACCAUCACAACUCUAUAAGUCGAUUCUACUGACCAACUAUAAAACAAAAAAAAACAAAAAACACACACAUUCGUCUCUGAAUAUGGAGAAUAUUUAAAAACUUGGAUUUUAUUAAUCUUAUUUUAAUUUCUUUUCGUGGAUGUUUUCUUCUUCUGCUGCUGUAUAUUAGUCUUCAAUUUAACUUGGAAUUAUUGAGACUAAUUUGUCUCGCCCUAUCCAAACAUUUCUUUUUCUUGGCAGGGAAAUAGAAACGUUGGACUUUUUUUGCAUUACGCCAGUGGAUUUGUUAAUGGAUUUCUUUGGAAAAUCAUUUUGAUGGAGUCAAAGAACGAAAUGUUAAGGGACCUUCUAACUUUACAAAGAUUUCUUUGACCAGCCUGGGGAGCUAUGGAGAGUCAUAUUCUCGUUCAAUAAAAGAAAGGACUGUAUAUUUUCUUAUUUUUUUAAUGCAAUAAAACAAGAGGAGGUUUGUGCACGCAGAUAGAAAUAUAAAGAACAUUCUGGAAGGUGCUGCUUGUCCCUCUCUCCAUUCCUGGCUGCUCUGUUAUGUCAUACAUCCUCAACGUUUCACCUGAAAAAGGGCCUAGGAUGGGAAGAGUUGCUUUCGCUCCCCUCUGGCUGGCGGUCUCCUGGCCGACACUGCUGCUGGCAUUGACCUCUGCUGCAUCCUCCUCCCCGUCUGGCCCUGCCUCUGACACAUGCACCACCCUGGUCCAGGGAAAAUUCUUUGGAUACUUCUCUUCAUCUUCUGUCUUCCCUUACAGCAAUGGUGGAGCGUCGGCUUCCCCUUGCUCCUGGAUCAUUCAGAACCCAGACCCACGACGCUACACCCUCUACAUGAAGGUGUCCAAGCCCACUUCCUGCUGCAACCCACGCCUAGUAAGGACAUUUCAGUAUGAUUCUUUCCUGGAGACCACUCGCACCUACCUGGGCACGGAGAGCUUCGACGAGGUCCUCAAGCUCUGUGACACCUCUACCCGGCACGCCUUUCUACAGUCUGGCAAGCAGUUCCUGCAGAUGAAGAAGCUAGUGUCCAGGGAUGAACCCUCAUCAGCCUUGGCUGGGAAUGGGGAGUUCAUGGCAGAGUAUCUGGUUGUGGGUAACAGGAACCCUAGUGUGCCUGCCUGCCAGGUGCUCUGUAAGUGGUUGGAGAGCUGCCUGGUCUCCAGUACAGCGGCUCGCCCCUGCGGCAUCAUGCAGACCCCCUGCCAGUGCUGGGAUGUGCCACCCAGGAAACAGGACAGCUGCUACCGUGGAGGGAUAUAUCUGGAGAACUGCAUCCCUAGUGUGACGGAGAGCAACAGGGAUGCUGAGAUAGCAGGGGGCUGGAGCAUGUGGAGCCCCUGGGCAGAAUGUAACAGUGUCUGUGGGGGAGGGGUGCAGAUGCGCAGCCGUACCUGUCAAGCACCACUCGAGGAAGCCUUCCUGUGCGAGGGGGUGUUGGAGGAGGGACGACCCUGCAACAAGCAGCCCUGCACCAAGGGGCGCUACAGCUCCCGAAGCCAGGCCCUGCGCUCCGUCGACUAUCGCAAGCGUGAGGAAACUGAGGAGGCUCUGCGCUACGGAUACCCUUCUUCGCAGACAGUGGACCCGGCGGCGGAGGAGUGGUCCCCCUGGAGCGUUUGCUCCACCACGUGUGGCGAGGGCUGGCAGAGUCGAACACGCUUCUGUGUGUCGUCCUCCUACAGCACCCAGUGUAGCGGCCCCCUGCGUGAGCAGAGGCAGUGCAACAACUCCGCCGUCUGUCCAGCAUCUCUAAUUGCAGUGCACGGGGCCUGGGACGAAUGGUCACCAUGGAGCCUGUGUUCAUCCACCUGUGGGAGGGGCUACAGAGACCGCACCCGCACCUGCAAGCCCCCACAGUUUGGGGGUAACCCCUGCGAGGGGCCAGAGAAGCAAACCAAGUUCUGCAACAUCGCCCUCUGCCCCGUGGAUGGGAACUGGAAUGAGUGGUCGAGCUGGAGCUCGUGUUCAGCCUCCUGCUCUAACGGGACCCAGCAGCGAAUCCGAGAGUGCAAUGGGCCCUCGUACGGUGGGUCCGAGUGCCACGGCCACUGGGUGGAGACCAGGGACUGCUUCCUUAAACAGUGCCCAGUGGACGGGAAGUGGCAGCAGUGGGGUUUGUGGGGCAGCUGUACAAAGACAUGUGAUGGCGGCACGCAGGAACGAGAGAGGAUCUGCUACGGACCUUUCUUCGGGGGGGAGCAAUGCCCGGGACCCCGGGAAGAAUCCCGUCUCUGCAAUGAAAAGCGGUGCCCAGAGCCUCAUGAGAUCUGUGAGGAGGAGAAUUACGCCAAAGUGGUGUGGAAGAAGACUCCGUCUGGAGAGGCUGCCGCAGUACGCUGCCCCCCAAAUGCCUCGGGGCUGAUCCUGCGGAAGUGCACUCUGGAUGAGGAGGGGAUUGCUUACUGGGAGCCACCUACCUACAUGAAGUGUGUCUCUAAUGACUACAGGAACAUACAGAUUAUGACGAGGGACCACCUGUUGAAAGCACAGAGAGGGCUGAUUGGGGACGGGGUGUCGGACAUCAUCAGAAACCUGAUGGAGAUCUCUCAGGAUGGCACAAGCUACAGUGGAGACCUUCUGGCCAUCAUGGACGUGCUCAAGAACAUGACUGAGAUCUUCCGGAGGGCAUACUACAGCCCCAAAGCUGUGGACCUGCAGAACUUUGUUCAGGUUGUCUCAAACUUGUUAUCGGAAGAGAACCGGGAGCGAUGGGAUGAGGCACAGCUGAUGGGUCCCAAUGCCAAGGAGCUGUUCCGUCUAGUUGAGGACUUCAUUGACGUCAUCGGGUUCCGUAUGAAGGACUUCAGAGACUCCUACCAGGUCACUGAAAACCUUGUUCUGAGUAUCCACAAGAGCCCGGCAAAUGGUGCCACAGACAUCAGCUUCCCAAAGAAGGUCUGGAGGGGGAUGGUGGACUGGGCACGGAAUUCAGAGGACAAGGUCACCAUCUCCAAGAGCAUCCUCUCCACGGGAGUGCCAGAUGCGGAUGACUCCUCUGUUUUCGUGAUUGGAACUGUUCUGUACAGAAACCUGGGCAGUGUUCUUUAUCUGCAAAGGAACAAUACCGUGCUGAACUCCAGGGUGAUUUCAGUCAUAAUAAAGCCGACUCCUAAUCCUCUGGCCACUCCGCUGGAGAUUGAGUUUUCCCAUCUCUAUAACGGCACCACGAAUCAGACCUGCAUUUCCUGGGACGAGACAGACAUCACCUCGCCGCUUGGAGCCUGGUCUACCAGAGGCUGCAGAGCGAUCCCAGUUAAUUCGUUCAGAACCAAAUGUGUCUGUGACAGACUCUCCACCUUCGCCAUUUUAGCACGGCUAAAUCCUGAUAUGAACAUGGACAAGGUCCUCAUGCCCUCUGUUACCCUGAUCGUUGGCUGUGGGGUCUCCUCUCUCACUCUGCUCCUGCUCAUCAUCAUCUAUGUCUCUGUCUGGAGGUACAUUCGAUCAGAGCGAUCCGUUAUCUUAAUCAACUUCUGCCUGUCGAUCAUCUCCUCUAAUGUCCUCAUUCUGAUUGGACAAACACAGACCAGGAACAAGGUGGUCUGCACCCUGGUGGCAGCGUUCCUGCACUUCUUCUUCUUGUCUUCGUUCUGCUGGGUGUUGACGGAGGCCUGGCAGUCCUACAUGGCCGUCACAGGCCGGCUGCGCAACCGCAUCAUCCGCAAGCGCUUCCUGUGCCUGGGCUGGGGUCUACCUGCUCUAGUAGUAGCUGUGUCAGUGGGGUUCACCAAAGCCAAAGGAUAUGGCACCAUAAACUAUUGCUGGCUGUCUCUGGAAGGAGGUCUCCUCUAUGCCUUUGUAGGACCGGCAGCCGCGGUUGUUCUGGUGAACAUGGUUAUUGGGAUUCUGGUUUUUAACAAACUUGUUUCCAAAGAUGGGAUAACAGAUAAGAAACUGAAGGAGCGGGCAGGUCAGAUGACAGUUCCCCUGUACAGUAUGACGCUCAAAUGUGCCAAGUGCGGAGUAGUCUCGUCGGCUGACGUUUCCUCCACAGCCACCAGUAACGCCAUGGCGUCACUGUGGAGCUCCUGCGUGGUCCUGCCCCUGCUGGCUCUCACAUGGAUGUCUGCGGUGUUGGCUAUCACAGACCGGCGCUCUGCCCUCUUUCAGAUCCUUUUUGCUGUGUUCGACUCACUGGAGGGCUUCGUCAUUGUCAUGGUGCACUGUAUCCUGCGCAGAGAGGUGCAGGACGCUGUGAAGUGCCGUGUGGUGGACCGUCAGGAGGAAGUCAAUGGAGACUCCGGGGGAUCCUUUCAAAAUGGACAUGCCCAGCUAAUGACGGAUUUCGAAAAAGAUGUAGACAUUGCGUGCAGAUCAGUUCUGAACAAGGACAUCCUCUCAUGCCGGUCGAACUCCAUCCUAGGCACUCUCAAGCGGUCCUCGCUUCAGGGAGACGAAAAGUUGGCAACUCAGCAGCUCAGCCACCAGAAGGGGGUCAACUUCAACAGUCUCCCUACCAACAUGACCAAGCUGCACCUGCAGAACAUGGCUGACUAUGCCACCCACACCUUGACGCUGAAAAAGGACAAGAGCGGUGGUGAACUGCCCUCUGCCAAGUCCAUCUACAUCUGCGACGGAGAACUCUUCAAACAGCUGGACGCAGACCUGGCCCGGACUCAGACAGAGAAAUCUGUCCCAGACGGCAGCAGCUACGUGCUUUUGCCCAGCAACACCUCAACGUUGCGGGCCAAGCCCAAGAAGGACCCAGCUGAGUACAACAUCAGUAUCGACCAGCUUACCCAGACCAGGCUGAUCCAUCUGAACACGGCUGAGGGGGAGCCUGGCACAGGCUUCGGGCUUAAGACUCUGCCUGCGGACCGUGUCAGUGUCUCCUGCUCAGAACGUGACUCACCUGUCCAGAAGGUGCAGAACAUCUCCAGUGAUUCGCAGGUGACCAACAGCAUGUGUGAUGCCGGUGAUUCUGGAAACUCAGGAAUGAUGUCAAAGAGCGAGACUGUCUCCACCCUCUCCAUGAGCUCCUUAGAGAGGCGGAAAUCUCGGUACGCAGAAUUAGAUUUUGAGAAAAUCAUGCACACACGGAAACGGCAUCAAGACAUGUUUCAGGACUUGAACAGGAAGCUGCAGCACGCAGAGAGGGAGUCUCCACCAGGGGAUAGCAAGUCUGUGAAGCGCUGGAGUGUCUCAUCUGGGGGAAGUGAUAAAACAAACCUCACGCAGGAUAGACAGCAGACGCCAAACAAGCGAGCCUGGGAGGGGAUCCGCAAGACACACUCUCCUCCCUCAUGGGUGCGCAAGGACCUGGAGACCUUACAGGCAUCCCCCCUGGAGCUGAAGUCUGUAGAGUGGGAGAAAGCUGGAGCCACCAUACCCCUUGUGGGCCAGGAAAUCAUAGACCUUCAGACAGAAGUCUGACCAACAGCAAUACGCAGGGAUUUUCUGUUCUUAUGAUUUUCCUUUUGUUUAACAAAAAAAGAAACAAGCUGGGUUUUAUUUGAAACCGUGGUGCAAGUAAGAAGAUUUUAUAUCUGAAGAGAUGUUCCAUACAAAAAGAGAAAAGUACAUCUCUACUUCUGGAUGUUUUUCAUGGACUAGAUAACGGGACAAAACUUGUGUGAUCAAAAGUUGAAGAUGGUUGACCUGCUGAGGGUAUUAUAAAUAUAUCUAAGCUCUGUUUUACUUCGGAUUGAGUUGGUGAUGUAAAAGAGCAAAGCUUUUAAAAUAUGUUUAAACCUGUCCACCAUCUACAAAACAUCUACAAUAAGUAUAGUGAAACCUCCAUAUCAAGAACAUUGAUGACUCAGUGCACCCCAUGGAGUUUCUCUAACUGCGUUUUAAGUAGCCGGGCGUACUUCUGUGGCAAGCUGAAUCUGCUGUCUUUCUCUCAGCCACCAAUGUCUAAUUUCUAACAUGCCUUUAAACUUUACACUGGAAGCAAAGUCUGAGAUAUGUACUGUUUCAUGACAGAGUGGAACUGUCAAACAAAGAAUUAUAAAUGUCUGUAAUGCAACCUAAGCCCCUUAUCACUGGUUAUCAACUACAGUAUAUAGUAGACCCCUGUGCCCACCUCUCCCCCCUCGCUGAUUGGAAUAAUAAUGUUUAUUGCUGCCUCAGAAAAAUUAAUGGGACAAACACCUUGCAAGAAGAACAGAUUGACGGACGGACUGGACCGGUAUUAUGACGGAGUGGCUUAAGAAUUAGAUCACGAAAAGGAGAGAUGUAUAGAUUUUCCUGAAAAUGAACAGGCCUGUUUGCAAACUGUUCACAAACAUGGGACAGUCCAGAAUUUCACCCAGAAUGAUGCUGAUGGUAACAGCUUCAUAAAGACAAGAAGAGUCAAAAUAAACAUUUCCUCGUGCAUGUACACCCAAUAGUAGGCAUACUUGUAUGUAGAUUAAAAGUAUUGAUUUCCAGUACUUCAUGGGUUGCUGCCAGCUCAGUGUCAUUGCCAGUGAGGGGGUUUAAAAUUACCUUGGCUACAGAUAUUUAUGCACCAGUUGAUUGGGUAUUUGAGAGUGUGAUAAAGAAUGAAAAGGAUAAGAUGACUGUUAUAACGUCAUAAUUCCCCAAUCGUCCAGACCAGUCCUUGCCGUGCAGUAUUAGCAUGAGGGUGUUCAUGACAAGGGUGGUUAGUGCGAAUGUGAAAGCACUGCUUAUGUAGUCCACGUUCACGUCUCAGCUGACACUACCAUUCCCUAUGUGUCCUGUGGUUAGGCUAAGUCUUGAUAACCUCCAGAGAGGAAAUUACCUAUAACUAACAGGACCUUUACAUAAACAUUAUCCAGAAUAGUAUUUUAGACAUUUAAAAUUCUUGGAAGACUUUUACAGGAAUCAAGUGAAAAGGGUUUGAUCUGUUGGUUGCUUGAUAUACAAGCAUAUUAUAUUCAUAAUUUUAAUAAUAAUGGCAGAUUUUUUGUCAAGUUGUGUAUUAUAUUAAAAAUAAUGUUUUAAAAAGUUCUAAGUAGUUGACAGAAAAAAAGAAAUACUUAAAAUAAAACUGUGAUACAAUUGUCAUAGUUUUGAUUGCACAUGAACUGAAAGCACAAGGCUCAUGGUGGCCCUGUUGUAAAGUAUUGUAAUUAUAGAGUUACACAGAAUGAAUUUUAGCCUAUAAAUAUCUUUCUUAUGUGCUUCAGGUUUUUCUGAAUUGUCCUGUUCAGUUACUGGACUAUAACUGUGUUCUGUAACUAAUGUAAUGCUGUGUGUUUUAAUAUAAUUGUCAAUGUACUACUCCCCCCUCCCUCCCAGUUAGUCCCCCCUUCCCUCCCGAUUGAUCCGUUGUAUUCGUCUGAACCCUCUACGUGUUAUUGUUCUAUGUUCUAUUUUCCUGUUUGUUUCUGUAUAGUUUUCAGAGCACAAAAUUAAUGUGUCCUAUUUCUAAUAAAAAGAAUACUAUAAACUAUA